ACUUCCAGUGUCUUGUUGAUAUCGCCACAAAACCACAUUCUACUACUGCGCCGAGUUCAAACUUCAUCGUCGUUUGCUUCCGCACACGUCUUUCCAGGCGGCAACAUAUCUCCCUUCCAUGACGGCGACCCACCAGUCCCUGAAGACGCUUCUCGCCACCAUGAUAGCGAAGUAUAUCGUAUGGCUGCUGUCCGCGAGACCUUUGAAGAAAGUGGCAUACUGCUGGCGAGAACCAAGGAUGGCAGGUUGCUGGAGGUAGACGAAGACGAGAGGGUCAAAGUCAGAAAGCUUGUACAUGGAGACAAAAUCAAGUUUGAAGACUGGUUGGAGGAGAAAGACGCAAAGGCUGACCUGGAUAAUCUGAUUCCAUUUACUCGCUGGAUCACACCCACCAAUCUGCCCAAACGCUUCACGACACAAAUGUACAUCUAUCUACUGCCUCUCAGCAACACUUCCAAGAAUCUGCCAUCUUCCUCUUCCAACGCCGAAGAAGACGAGCCAGAGACGAUGAUCCCAGUCCCCACCCACGACGGCGGCCUCGAACACACCGCCGCCCGCUUCCUACCUCCUGCGACAUGGCUACGUCUCGCCCGCUCCUCCCGCAUCGUCCUCUUCCCUCCUCAAUUCUUCCUCAUGUAUCUACUCUCGCCCUUCCUGUGUCCACAAGGAGAUGUAGGCAAAGAAGCCCCGACACCAGAUGCCGCAACAUUACAAAAGCAGCGUGAUCAAGUGCUUGAUUUUGUCAAGCAAGGCAACUGGGGUGAGAAAUGUAUUUCUCCUACUGUGUUGGGAGGUAAGAAGAGAGAAGACGGAAGAGUGGUGCUAGGGCUUGACAAACCUGGUGCUGAGGCAGAGGCUGAAGGAAGGAAAGGAGAUGACGAGAGAGUUGUAUUGGUGGAGUUCAAGAAGGAAGGACCCAGGAGGGUGGAAGUCGGAUGGAGGAAGGAGGUGUUGGCUGAAGGCCGCGAGAACAAGUUGUAA